CCUUUCUGUGUUUUUGUCCCUUUCUCAUCCCGUCCCUUAAAAAGGAGAACAAAAGAUUUCCGAAGGACCAAUCUUUCCUCUCUUCUCUUAAGAGCCGCUUGGAAGAAAGAAAGAAGGAAGAAAGAAGCCCAUCCCGUCCUUCUGUUUCGAAGAAACGUAGCCGAGAUGUCUUCUCCGAGCAAGCGCCGCGAGAUGGACCUGAUGAAACUGAUGAUGAGUGAUUACAGAGUGGAGAUGGUGAACGAUGGGAUGCAAGAAUUCUAUGUCUAUUUCCAUGGCCCAAAUGAGAGUCUCUAUCAAGGGGGAGUGUGGAGGGUCCGGGUGGAAUUGCCUGAUGCUUAUCCCUACAAAUCUCCAUCCAUUGGCUUUGUAAAUAAGAUUUAUCAUCCAAAUGUUGAUGAAAUGUCUGGUUCAGUUUGUUUGGAUGUCAUCAACCAGACUUGGAGUCCCAUGUUUGAUCUUGUUAAUGUUUUUGAAGUGUUCCUUCCGCAGCUUCUUUUGUAUCCCAAUCCUUCUGAUCCAUUGAAUGGGGAGGCUGCAGCAUUAAUGAUGCGUGAUCGGCCUGCAUAUGAACAAAAAGUGAAAGGUGUGAGGUUUAUAAAGUUCAUCCUUGAUUUAUCUUUCUGGAAUAGGUACUUCUUUAGUAUCUGUAUUUGGAUACAUUUGCUGAUAAUUCUGCUGGAACCAGUGAUGGCCUAAACUUACAUGUGAAUGCUUGCUAUUCUACACCUUUAGGUUAGAAUAUAUGAUGCACAUGGUCAUUGUAUAACAUUAUGUCAUACUAAUCUAGGUUUUGUAUUUGGCGAGAAACAUUAUAUCCAUUUCAUAUCUAAUUCAUAAUGCACAUAUGCAGGGGAGCUAAGCAGCUUGUCAUUGCAUCAGCUCAUACUUUUGAGAUGGUUUCUAUUCUGUGUUACAUUGUUUUGAUCCUUGGAACUCUGAUGACAAAGCAACUCCAUGUGCACUCCUGUUUGUCAACCCUAACCCGAAAGAGGCUCAUGGAAGAAACUAUUUCUUUGUGUGGAUAUUGUAGCACAUACAAUUUUUAAUUUAUAAAAUGAACACGUUUUUAUUCAAAGACAAACUAACUCAUGAAGGUCUCUCAUCUAGUUUGAUACCACUGGGUUGCACCUGUGGUUUCCCUAAGGAAUGUAAAUUCCUUCUUUUUUCAGAGUGCUAGGUUUCUAAGUCAAUAAAUGACCGACUGAUUCAUUCUUAAUCCUUGAUACUGUAUUCCAUAAUUAAAAUCAAAACUGAGAUCUUUAUGAACUGGACAAAAACAUUAGUUUGACAUAUAUUGAGUGAGCUUCUCUAAAUGUGAUGUCUUUUUGUCUGAAGAAAUUCGGAUGUUUGAAACAAGGUUUCACCGUAGACAGUUGAAAAGGUUCAUUGGUGUUCUUAUGCAAGACUAUAAGUAUACAAUGAAAUUUUCUUCCUCUCUAGUUUCUUUGAAAUAAUAUCAAUAGAGAGAGAAAAUUUAAGUCAAAACUUGUACUGAUCUAACUCAUUAGAGAGAAAUGAAGUAUUAAAGGGCGGUGAAAUCUUGAAAGAUAAGAGAGGGGUGGAGUAUCAAAUGGUGUAUUGAAAAUACUUAAAACAAGUUCUCAAGAUCCAAUGAAACUGAAGACAGUCAUCUAAGGAAAUCUGAAUAGGGAUACAAAAUUCUAAAUGAUCUUCAAAUUAGUUAAAAUAAGAUCUCAGAUCCAAUAAAAUCAAAGACAUCCAUCCAAGAAAAUGUGACUGGGGAUAUCUUUAUCUCUUCAUUCUUGCAUUCAUAAAUAAUGCUUCUAUGCAAAAUUUACUUGCCAUAUGUGCCCUAUAUGUCUCUUUUUCUUAUGUUUGGAUAUGAUGACAGGUAUCAUUCUGAACUUUUUUUUCCUCAACUGAAUGCCUCUCUUUCUAAAGUCAGUUUGAAUGUUCUUUUGUGGAUACUUAUAAGAACUUUAUUU